AUGGCGCAGGUCACCGAGCCAGACAGUGUUGUGUACUACACCGACGGCUCGGCUGACCCUGAUAGCGGAAGGACGGGCGCUGCUGCCAUCACCAGAGGGGCCGAGGUGUGUGAGAGGACUCCCAACCACUGCUCCACCCUGCAGACAGAACUGGUGGCCAUCCAGCUGGCCCUGGAGCACGCUCAACACCGGCGGGAGCGCACCGUGGUGCUCCACACCGACUCCAGAACGAGGCUACAGGCUCUCCAACAGCCGUAUCCCAGCGACAACGUGGGCCUCGUCACCGCCAUCCUGGAUAGCCUCCAGAGCCUCGCCGCGCAGGGGCGGCGGGUGAGGCUCAACUGGAUACCCAGCCACGUGGGAGUACGAGGCAACGAGGCUGCCGACGCAGCCGCCAAGAGAGCUGCUAGUGGCCCCCAGGUGACAAGGCAUGUGCCGCCCAGCCUGAGCCAAGUGAGGGCGCGAGCUAGGCUCGCCGCAACCAAGCGCGCCCGCCACACACACCGGCAGCUGGAAACAAGGAAGAGACAGGCAGCUUGGUACGCCUCCGCCACUGGCUACCAGUCGUUGGACGCCUCCCAGCAGCAGCCCAGAGCAGACGGCGUGUUGCUGCAACGCGUAAGGCUGGGCUACUGCACCAGGGAACAGCUGUACGACGACUUUCGGGGGCAGGAGUGCGACCACUGCGGGAGGCACAGCCGCCACCCGCUAGUGCACUACCUACUGUCCUGUCCGGCCACCGCCGCCCUCAGACCAACGCCGCCAACACCGGCCCAUCCUGUAGGCGGUGAUCUCCUCAGCAGCCGCGAGGCCAGGGCUGCCCUCAUCGUCCGCCACACGCCCACAGACCUGAUGCUGCGAGUUCUCAGGGCAGCGCCCCCGCCCCGCUGA